GGCCGGGGCCCUGUGAGGGCCGCGCCGCCGCCAUUGCCAGGCCCUGUCCCUCUCUGCGCCUGCGCGGCGGCGGCGGCAAGAUGGCGCUGGAGACCGUCCCCAAGGAUCUGCGGCACCUCCGCGCCUGUCUCCUCUGCUCCCUCGUCAAGACCAUCGACCAGUUCGAGUACGAUGGCUGCGACAACUGCGAUGCCUACCUACAGAUGAAGGGCAACCGGGAGAUGGUCUACGACUGCACCAGCUCCUCCUUCGACGGGAUCAUCGCCAUGAUGAGCCCUGAGGACAGCUGGGUUUCCAAGUGGCAGCGAAUCAGUAACUUCAAGCCGGGUGUCUACGCAGUGUCUGUGACCGGCCGCCUGCCCCAAGGCAUUGUCCGGGAGCUGAAGAGCCGUGGUGUGGCAUACAAGUCCCGAGACACAGCUAUAAAAACCUAAGGGGAUCUUGUGCCAUCUGGAGGGUUCCCUGGUGCUGCACUGGGUGAUGCAUCGGGCACGGGGGGCCCUGCUCCAAAACCUUUCAGCUUUAGCACGUGGGAAAGUGAGCCUGGACAUGGAGGGACCUCGCUGGCUCAGCUCCUCCGGCUGGGUACCUCUGGACUCUGCCCACACGGACCCUAGAAACCUUUUUGAGCCUUGACAAGGGGGAGGGCAGGGAGCAGGUGUGGGAAAGCUGCAUUUAAUGAUGAUGCACAAGCUUUUUUACAGUCGGUGUGGAAAAGGGGGGACCUGGGAUAAGGGAUAGCUGUGUAAAUAUUUCAAUAAAACAUGCUCCUUGGUCAGAGUGGG